AUGACGGCCCCAACAUCCAUCUUGAUCAUUGGCGCCGGCGAACUUGGCACUGCCAUCCUCUCUUCCCUAACCUCUUACCCAAACUAUGACCCCUCCCAAACCACCCUCGCCGUCCUCCGCCGCGCAUCAACCUUGGCCUCCCCGGACCCAAACACACAAUCUGAGCUCGGUCGCCUGUCAUCCCAGGGCAUAGUUCUCGAAGGGGGCGACUUCAUCUCCUCCCCUCUCGACGACCUCAUCUCAAUUUUCAAAAAGUACGACGUUGUCAUCCAAGCGGCGGGGUACGGCACCCCCAAGGGCACACUGCUCCGCGUAGCUGAGGCAGUGGUCAAGGCGGGCGUGAAGCGGUUUUUCCCCUGGCAGUUUGGGAUUGAUUACCAGGCUGUCGCCGACGCUGGCGAGGAUGAUCGCGGGGGGUUGCAAGGGAGCCGGGGGUUGCUAGGGAGCGGGCAUGAAGAGUUGUUUGGCGAGAUGCUCGCUGUCAGGAAGCUGUUGAGGGAGCAAGACGGCACGGAGUGGACUGUGGUGUCGACCGGGUUGUUUAUGAGUUUUUUGUUUUUGAAGGGGUUUGGGGCAGUGGACUUGAAGGAGCGGGUGCUGAGAGGGUUGGGAGACUGGGAAAAUAAAGUCACGGUGACGGAUGUGCAUGGCAUUGGCAAGGUGGUCGCCGAGCUGAUGUUCAACCCAGGGGACACGGGAGGGAAGGUGGUGUAUGUGGCUGGGGAUACGGUGUCGUAUUGGGAGGUGGCGAAUGUGAUAGAGGCGGUUUAUGGUGGUGAGUGGAAGAGGGAGAAGUGGGACCGGAAGUUUCUGAGAAGGAAGUUGGAGGAGCAGCCAGAGGAUCUCAUGGUGAAGUAUCAGAAUGCGUUCGGCACCGGGAUUGGCGUGUCGUGGGACAAGGAACGGACGGUGAAUCAUCAGCGCGGGAUUAGACUCACCGGUCUGAGGGAGUACGUGGAGGAGAGCAGGGAGAGGUUGUUGCAGUCAACUCAGUGA